UUUCUCAUUUUUUCGCUUUUUUGAAGCUUUGCUUCUUUCCUUCCUUCUCGUUUCUUUCUCGUCACUGUAGCUUGCUGUCAUGGGUCAAGUACUUUCCGAGCCAAUCACAGACAAGCACACCUCCUCGGGUGCCGAUAAGCGAUUGACGUAUGGCGCCUCGGCCAUGCAAGGCUGGCGCAUUAACAUGGAAGACGCCCACACAACCCUCUUGGAGCUACCCGGAGACUCCCAGGCGGCCUUCUUUGCCGUUUACGACGGACAUGGCGGCGCAAACGUUGCUCGGUACGCGGGGCAAGUGGUACAUAACAAGGUGACCAGCGCCCCAGAAUACCAGCAGGGCAACUUCCAGGGCGCGCUGGAGACUGGCUUUUUGCAAACUGACGAGGACAUGAUGAAGGACGCCAACAUGCGGUACGACACUUCCGGCUGCACUGCCGUGGCUGUUCUGAUCAAGGAUAACACUGUUUAUUGCGGCAACGCCGGAGACUCUCGAGCAUUGCUAUCAAAAAACGGCGUCGCCCAACCGCUGUCGUAUGACCACAAACCCAACAACCCCGAGGAAUUCCAGCGGAUCAAGGCUGCGGGCGGCUUUGUCGAGUUUGGACGUGUGAAUGGCAAUCUCGCCCUCUCGCGAGCCAUCGGCGACUUUCUUUUCAAGACCAAUGCGCGCAUCGGGCCCAAGGAGCAAGCUGUCACAUCAUUCCCGGACGUGAUUAGCAUGGAAAUUACACCAGAAGUCGAGUUUGUCGUGCUCGCAUGCGAUGGUAUCUGGGACGUCAUGAACAACCAGGCGGUAACAGACUUUGUGCGCCAACGCAUUGCGACUCAGACACCCCUUGGCGAGAUUUGCGAACAGCUGAUGGAGAACUGCCUCGCGCGCGACGCACGAGGAGGCGUUGGCUGCGACAACAUGACGGUGCUGAUUAUUGGCAUUCUCAAUGGCGGCACCUACGCCGAGCUAGCCGAGCGCUGCAGUAAGCCCCGCGAUCCCGUCCCCGUCGAGCCUGCCGACGCCAGCCGGCCAGGAGGCGCACCAGGCGCAGGUGCCUUCCAAGCACCCGACUUUGGCAAUGGCGCCAACGCAACGGGCAUGGGCCAAUUUGGAGCCUUCCUCAGCCAACUGAUGCAGCAGGCCGUCGACGACGGUUCGCAAGACGAGGACUCGAACGAGAGUGACGAUGCUGCCGACAGCAUUUCAGAAGUCAGUGACGACAAGGAGGAUGCAAGCGACGACGCCGACGCAGCAACAGAAGAAAAGUGAAAAUCGAUGAGGUUUGUCUUCGCUCGCUCUCUCUUCUUGUUCCUUUUCCUUUUCCUUUUCCUUUUCCCCCUCCUAUCUUUUUCGCUAAAUUUGAAUUCUUAAUUGAUCUUUUUUUUCUCUGACUUGAAAACGACACUCAUGUUUAAUGAGGUUUCGACGCUUUUGCCAGUCGUGAUUGGAUGCUCCAAAUUUUGUUGUGAUUGAGUUGUAUUUUGUAUUUUUGUCUUUCUUCGGCUUUGUUGUUGACCUUGAAUGUUGACAAUGAAUGACAUUUUCUAGUUUUGAUUCUCGAUCGUGUUUGAGAUGAAGUGAGGAAACUUGCCCGAA